CACAGCAGGGACUCGAUGGUGUCGCAGGUCUCUCCCAGCCUCGGUGCUCCUGCGAUUCCGUGGCCCUCGGGAGCGCGGCCCGGGGCGGCUCCGGCGGCGGGCGGGGCGGGAGGCGGCGCGGCCGAGCGUGACGGGGAGGGCGGGAGCGAGCGGAGCCCGCAGCGAGCGACCGGGCCGCCGCCGCCUCCGCCUGCGCAGCGCCCGCACCGACCCCGCAGCGCCAUGGCGGCCGCGGCCGCCGAGCCCAGCACCGGCCGCUACCAGCAGCUGCAGAAUGAAGAGGAGCCGGGCGAGGCCGUGCCGGUGGUGAGCGACGCCCCUCCACCCUACAGCAGCAUCUCUGCAGAGAGCACAGCUUAUUUUGACUACAAGGAUGAGUCAGGGUUCCCGAAGCCGCCGUCCUACAACGUGGCCACCACUCUGCCCAGCUACGACGAGGCCGAGAGGAGCAAGGCUGAGGCCACCAUCCCCUUGGUUCCUGGCAGGGAUGAUGACUUUGUGACACGAGAUGACUUUGAUGACACUGACCAGCUGAGGAUAGGAAAUGAUGGCAUUUUCAUGCUGACUUUCUUCAUGGCAUUCCUCUUCAACUGGAUUGGAUUUUUCCUGUCUUUCUGCCUGACUACUUCAGCUGCAGGACGAUAUGGGGCCAUUUCUGGGUUUGGUCUGUCUCUUAUUAAGUGGAUCCUUAUUGUCAGGUUCUCCACCUAUUUUCCUGGUUACUUCGAUGGCCAGUACUGGCUUUGGUGGGUCUUCCUUGUACUAGGUUUUCUGCUGUUUCUCAGAGGAUUUAUUAAUUAUGCAAAGGUUAGGAAGAUGCCAGACACGUUUUCCACUCUCCCCAGAACCAGAGUUCUCUUUAUUUACUAAAGAUGUUUUCUGGCAAAUGUCUUCCUGCAUUAGUGAAAUCCCCCCCAAGAAGCAGCAGGACACCUGCAGGAAGUGAAUCAAGGCUCUGGAGCAGAAGAAAAAAUAAUCACCUGCUUUAAAAUAAAUAAAUAAAAGUACUGUUGGAAAAAGAAAAAAAAAAAAA